CGUUAUAUUUAGUUUCUUAUCGCAUGAAAAACGUUAUUACGUUAGUCUAAAAUCGAUCCACGGCGCGCGAUGAUGUGCGCACGCGCCGGCUGGUAGAAAACGCGUGUUUUUUUGUUUAAUUUACGUCGAAAUUACAGCAAAAUGUUACUCAAAUGUGUCCUAAUUGUCGUGACAGUCAGUGUUUUGACAGACUACAUCAUUGUUGCAGACACAGUACCACCAGUACCACCAAUCGUAUCAGGUAACAAAGUCAAUGGUACCACUUCAGCUCCUAAUGCAACGAGCCAAGCAGGUGCUGCAGCCAAUAGUACAACUACUACCAACCAGUUACUCCAGAAUAAUACCAGUAACGACGUCAAUGCUACCACUUUAGCUCCUAAUGCAACAAACCAAGCAGGUGCUGCAGGCAACGACACAACUACUAACAACCAGUCACGCCAGAAUAAUAUAAAUAACAUCGUCAAUGGUACCACUUCACUUAAUGCAACGAGCCAAGCACUCCAGAAUAAUACUAGCAAAAACGUUAAUAGCACCAAUACAGCUUCUAACGCACCGAGCCAAGCAGGUGGUGCAGACAACGGCACAAUUACCAACAACCAGAAUAAUAACAGUAAGAACAUCAAUGGUACCAAUAAUGCUCCUGAUGCAACGAACGGACCAAUUAAUAACAGUCCACCACUCCAGAACAAUACAAAAGUAAAUAACCCAGACAAUGAAGGUGGCCAUCAGAACUCAACCGCUAAUGAUCCAGCCCCAACAGCAAAUGGUGCUAGUGCUCCUACGCCAGGAUUGAAUAAUUCAAUCGUCUUAAAUAAUACCGUCGGAAAUACGAAUGCAUCUAACGUCGCCCCACCAUCGCCCCAUUCAUCUCCGAAUCAUCCGAAUUCGACAGCUAAAAAUGCAGACGCUACAAGUGGAACAAAUGAAAAUAAAAAUGCGAAAAGUGAAUCAAGUGAAAUAAAGCAGCCGCAAGUCGUUAAUGAUGGUGGAACAAAUGAAAAUAAAAAUGCGAAAAGUGAAUCAAGUGAAAUAAAGCAGCCGCAAGUUGUUAAUGAUGGUAUUCCAAAAUGGAAGCCGGUCCUCAUCACCGCAGCCGUGGUGAUCCUCGGCAGUUGUUUGGUGCUCUUCGUGAGGAGAUCCCUGAGGAGCGAGCGAGGCCGAGUGUGGUGGCAGCGAAUGAGACGGCAAGCCAACAUGCCAUGCAGGGACUAUGAAGUGCAGUACUUGGUGAUUAGGAACGAUGAUGAAGAGUGAUGUGGACAUUGGUAGAGGAUAGCCGUGUGGUCCCGGCAUGAAUAGGACCACACCAUAGGUCACAGAAACUAAAGGGCAAUGUGAAAAGGGGGCGGGGCUGGUGUCGCAGCAAUAUGCCCAAAAACAGAACACAUUGCUCGUGACAGCAAUGACAUCAA